GUUCUUCGGGUAAAAUUAUAUAUUCAGAGGGAAAUAAUCCGUUUGCUGGGUCUUUGACUUUGUCAUAGUAUCCCUACUUGCAGCGGCUGAGGAGUUUUCAGGUCAUUUGCAUGAGCGCUGGACAAUGCAUUGAUCCAUAUGGAGUGUCAGUUGAGAUGGCUUGACUGAGCAGGAAUCUAGCUCUCGAAUAUCAAAGUUUCAGCAACUUUCGUACCUGAAUGAAUCAGUGUUUUGAACAAAUCAAUCGAGUAAUGAUUCAAUGACUCGCUCGUAAAGUCACUCGUUCAUAAAUGAAUCAGUAUAAUCGGUUCAAUGAAUGGCUCAAUGACUCAUUUAUAAAAGAUAGUCACUUGUCGCCACCUACAGGCUUAACGAUGUAACAACGAAGUCAUACAAAGGGUGCUAGUGGUUGGUCCAAUCAGCACUUGUGAAAUGCUUGUCGUCCAAUCAGAUUUGAGACCUGGAAUAUUCCAGCCCCUAUCUGCCCUAAAUAGUAAAUUACUAAUAUCACACAGAAUUUAGGAUGGAAAGUACUAUGCACAUUUGGACUCAGGCCAGAUUUAGUUGACGACAGCCAUUUUGAAUUGGUGUUCUUAAAAAAAAAUUAAUCAUCGAUGGUCUGUAAUUACACUCUGAAUGUUGUCAAAUUCAUGGUUGUAAAAACUUUCAUUUAUAGAACGGUUUAGCCCCAAAGGCUAGGCUACAGACAUAUUUGUUUGUUAAAACAUUUUGUACAUUUACAUUUUUGCAGUUCCACACAUUUUUCUGUUUCAUUAAUGUUUUGCCGCUACAAAUGGUCAACGCUUGGAAAAUUAGCUGUGGAGUUACUAAAAAGUGUGACACCUAGCCCCGUCUCCCGUUAGCCCAUUUAACCAAUAAGCGUCUCUGUGCAAAUCAUUCAGGUAUAGGCUAUAUAAACAGGCUAUAAGUUCUGUGAGUUCAAAACAUCAUUGAACAGAAUGAGUUAAGCCCGCAUUCAACUGGUGUUGCUUCAUGAACUGCCCAAAAGCGCAUCUGAUGCGAGGAAAAGCUCGUGUGUUUGGUAGUGAUGUAGAUGUGUGUGUGGUUGCUGGAUGAGACAAAAACGCAUUCGCACGGAUCCAGUCCUCGAGACUUCAUGUAAAUACUCCACAAACGAUCGCGAAGGGACGUCUCUCUCACACACAACGCGUACACGACACACACAACUUCCACUACAUCCACCUGGAAACUAGAUACAACCGCACAUUUGCGCCAAUGAAGGAUGAAGAUGAUGUACAUACUGCGAGGAAAGAUGAGGAGGCUGAUGGCUCGGGUGAGAAACUCUUGGGUUUCAACAGCACCGAGGAGCAGCCAUCAGGCCCGAGAGGACAAGACAGCAUGUGGCGAAAUGAGAAGUAUGAAACUGUCCCAUUGGAUGUAAAGGAGAUUGAUGAAGGCAAUUCUAAAGGCACUAGAGAUUCUCUAUACCCCCAGACUGCUCUCCAGAAAGCUCAGCAGGUAAACGAGAGACCAAAGGACGCAAAACUGUGGCCAUACUUCCAGGAUGGCUUAAGGCGGAUAGAUUAUGUCCUCACCUACCAUGUCCAGAAACCCCAGAGCACCCACAAACAGUCGUCCAAGUCCUGCUUGUGCUGCGGAUUCAGACGUGAACAGAAAAACCUACCUGCUCAUGAGGACCCCGAACUCGCAGCCCAGGAGCAGAGGCUGGAUUACCAUGAGGACGACCAGCGCCUCCGCAGGGAGGAGUUUGAGGAGAACCUGCGAGAAAUGGGCCUUGAGAUGGAGAAAGAGGAAGGGACUAAACUACCAGGUGUGGGAUUCUUGAAGAUUCAUGCGCCUUGGGACGUUCUUUGUCGAGAAGCUGAGUUUAUGAAGCUCAAAAUGCCAACAAUAAAGAAAUAUGUAGUCAGUCAGGGAAGCAGCAUUGCAGAGAAGGUCAACGUGUUUAUCCAGAAAGUCACUGCACCCUUGCAACCUAACGUUGGGGAAAACCAGACGGAAAAUGAGAAACCCCUCUCCUACCCGUUCUCACGAGAAAAGCAGCAUCUCUUUGAUUUAUCAGACAGAAAUUCCUUCUUCGACAGCAAAACCAGGAGCUCAAUAGUGUAUGCGAUUUUAAAACGAACAAAAUGCACAAGGGCCAAGUAUAUCAUGGGAAUCAGCAGUCUGCUGGGCAGUGGUGUCUACACAGAGGCCUACCCAUUGCAUGAUGGUGAUAUUGAUGGUGUACAUGCUGAAACCAAUGACAGAAAGAUCUUGUAUGAACAGUGGGCGAGUUACAGCAUAUUCUACAAGUACCAACCCAUCGGACUAGUCAGGAAGUAUUUUGGUGAGAAAGUUGGCCUGUACUUUGCCUGGCUGGGAGUGUAUACUCAGAUGCUAAUCCCAGCAGCAAUUGUGGGAGUCAUUGUGUUCCUGUACGGCUGUGCCACUGUGGACGACAACAUCCCCAGUAUGGAGGUCUGCGACGAGAGAAACAAUAUCACCAUGUGCCCAAUGUGUGACCGAGCCUGCAGCUACUGGAAACUGGUCACGGCUUGUGGCACAGCUAGGGCCAGCCACCUGUUUGACAAUGCGGCCACCGUCUUCUUCGCCAUCUUUAUGGCACUAUGGGCCACCAUGUUUAUGGAGCACUGGAAGAGAAGGCAAAUGAGGCUCAAUUACAUCUGGGACCUGACCAGCUUUGAAGACGCCGAGGGAAAACAAAAGAGUCACCCGAGAGCAGAGUAUGAGUUCCAUGUCAUGAAGAAGUCCUUGAAGAAAGAGCAAUCCCCAAAGGCAGGAAAUGUGAAGCUGACAUGUAGAGACAGAAUGCCAGCAUACAUGACUAUUAUCGUCAUGAUGUUUUUUUUGAUCUUUGUGACCUUGGCCAUCGUGUUUGGUGUGGUGCUAUACAGGGUCUCCAUUAUGACUGCCCUGCACAUGAGUUCCACUCCCACGUUCCGCACUAAUAUACGGGCCACCGUUAAAACCACUGCUGCUAUCAUCAACCUCAUUAUCAUCAUCAUAAUGGAUGAGGUCUAUGGAGCAAUUGCACGUUGGCUCACUAUUAUGGAGGUGCCAAAAACUGACAAGAGUUUUGAGGAGAGGCUGAUCUUCAAGACAUUCAUAUUGAAGUUCGCAAAUGCAUUUACCCCUAUUGUGUACCUGGCAUUCUUCAGAGGCAGAAUCAUUGGACGUCCUGGCAAAUAUCUCUACGUUAUGGGGUCUUACCGAAUGGAAGAGUGCGCCCAUGCCGGCUGUCUGAUGGAAUUGUGCAUUCAGCUCUGCAUCACCAUGCUUGGCAAACAGCUCAUCCAGAAUAACCUGUUUGAGAUAGGCGUUCCAAAACUGAAGAAAAUGCUCCGACAACGCAAGAUAGACAAAAAGCAUCAGGAAGAGCUGAACAAAACGCUUCAUCGUCACGAGAAGGACCACUUCCUUGGGCCCUUUGUCGGACUCAACCCAGAGUACAUGGAAAUGAUCAUUCAGUUCGGGAUGGUGACCUUGUUUGUGGCCUCCUUUCCGCUGGCUCCCCUUUUUGCUCUACUGAACAACGUCAUUGAGAUCCGUCUUGAUGCCAAAAAGUUUGUCACGGAGCUGAGAAGGCCGAUUGCUGUAAGAGCAAAGGACAUUGGAGUCUGGUACACUCUUCUCAGAGGAAUCAGUAAAGUGGCCGUCAUUGUUAAUGCAUUUGUGAUCUCAUUCACCUCGGACUUCAUCCCACGCCUGGUCUAUCAGCACAUGUACAGUGCAGACGGGACUCUUCAUGGCUUUGUCAAUCACACUCUUUCAUACUUCAAUGUUAGUCACUUCCAGCCUGGCACAGAGCCCAUGCAGCCAAUGCACCUGGGAUACAAAGUGGAGGUUUGCAGAUAUAAAGAUUACAGGGACCCUCCAUGGUCUGCCACGCCAUAUGAGUUCUCAAGAGAAUUCUGGGCCAUUCUGGCGGCUCGAUUAGCUUUUGUCAUUGUCUUUCAGAAUGUGGUAAUGCUGAUGAGCGACUUUGUGGAUUGGCUGAUCCCAGACAUUCCCAAGGACAUUAGCAUUCAGAUACACAAGGAGAGGAACCUCAUCGUUGAGUUGUUCAUGAAAGAGGAACGGGGCAAGAAGUACAGGAAUACCAUCGGUGACCCAAGCCCCCAGCCGCUCCGCUCGCGUCCCAGCUCACAAGCUUAGCCCAGCGCUCGCUCUGAUCCCAGUGCUGCGAGGGAAGCAGUAACACGGUCCAUUCCAGGGCCUGUUCCUCACUCAGCUCUGUGUCCUGCUCAAACAGAACGGAAAGCCUGUAGAGGACUGGCCUGUCCUGGAGGACCACUGCUGUAAGGAUCAAUGCUGUUGCAAAGAUUGUUAACUGACUGCCGCCUCAUUGGUAUGCCAGAAAAAAGUUCCAACAAGAAAAAUAUUUAUUUUUUUCUUUUGUCUGUUACUGAUUUAAGCACUCUCUUGGAUCUUUUUCUAUCAGCUAUAUGCAAUUUCUGCAGGUAGGUGUGUUUGGAAAGAGGGCUGUAGGGUUUGUAUCGUUUUAUCUGUUGACUGAAGAAUAUUGUAUGUAGUUUUGUGAAGCAUCGCUGCUUUAGCAUUAAUAGACAGCAAAUGAGCAUUUUAUUUGAAACUACAAUGCUUUUAUAUUAAUUUUAACAUGAAAAUUUAACAUUUAUGUUUUCGAUAUCGAUAGGAUAGGAUUGAACUGAACCAACUCAUUUAAAGUGCUUUUUAAAUUGUUUAAUAUUAGACAUUUCAUUCAGAAUAUUUCUGGUCAAGUGAAUUAGCAGCUAUCAAUGUCAUGCUGUUUCCUCGCUAGGCACUAAGUAGUUCUGUUCUGUCAUGGUAAUGAUUGUGUCUGUUUAGCCUUUAGCUGUCUAUAUAUAAAAUAUAGACAUAAAACACUGCAAAUUCAUCAAAAUAACUACAAUCCUCAAUCUUGGUCUUUUUUUAGUAUUCUAGAAUUUCUAUUAUAUGCGGUGGAGUGCUUUUUACAGGAUGUCGAUUGAUCUCGGGGAUUUUUGGUAGCGCGUCUGAAAAUACUAUCAAGCUAUGCUGAGAAAGGGUACGCUGUAUAUAAACCCAUGACGUUCAAGAGGCCUUAAUAUUCAUGAAAAUGUCAUAUGGACAGAGAUUUGUGUCUGCUUAUCUGAAUGUUUUCUCUCUCGUCUUGAUUUGUGAUGCUCCAAUGAUGAUGGAAACAAUAGGCUAUAUCUUGCUAUGUUGAAUGUGUCUUCCAUUCAUAGAAAUCGUGACAAAUAAAAGAGUGGUUUUAAUUAAAAUUAAUAUAAUAUUAAUAUAAAAUAUGAAUUCAGUCUUAAGAUAUACUGUUUGGACAUAUGGCAAUGUUUUUCGUUUCUUUUCCCCUUUUUUUGAUAAACUAAUUAUUACACAAAACUAUUUCCUCAAUUUUUUUAAUAUACAUGCACCCCCCAAAAGACCUUAGUUCUACUAUAAAUGUAGGCUACAAUGUAAACCCAUUUUUAGACUGUUACGUCAUCCACAUACUGUUUACCUCUGUGAAAGAAACCUUUAAAUGUUUUAUGUCAUUGUGGAGUUUCAGUGUCUCAAACUGCUAAUGGGAGGUUAUGACUGUACUUUGGCUUUUGAAUUAUGUUUCUAAAAUAAAUGUCAUACAUUUGGUA